AUGGCGGCAGAAGGAAAGAAACGCUACCCGUGCGUAACACAAUCUGGUCUUCAGGAGACAUUCGGCCAGCCACCGAGUGGGGAACAAUCUGGCGAUGGCGACGGGCGGGACGAAAUUGUCGUUGGUGUAGGGCCCAUCAUACCCCGUUGGACUGCAUCCACAUCCAACCCCACCAAGCUUCUCUACUUCGUAAUUCGAGAAGGGUUCCCGAGUGACACCGACUUCCAGUAUGCUGCAACCGCGUUCCAACAAGCAGCCGACGAGUGGAACGCCAUUGGGUUUGGAGUGAAUAUCUCGCGGACGUCCAAUCGAUCACUUGCAAACUUCGUGGUCAGGUACUUCAAACCCACCGUUGAUGAAGGCGUCCUCGCUUCAGCUUUCUUCCCAAACGAGGUCGAAGAUGUUCUCGUCUACCACAAGACUCUUGUGGAGCCAGAGUGGAGAGCAAGUCUCAAGAAUACCUUCUUGCAUGAGAUCGGACACAUCAUCGGCCUUAGACAUGAGUUCGCUAUCGUGCCGGACACCAUGGGGAACGGGCCAGAGCAGACUCCGGCAAAGCAAUUCGGAAGCAAGAAUCCGCACUCGGUCAUGAGCUACGAGGACAUCAACAACAUUCAGGAUACCGACAAGAAGGACGUCAGGGAUUUCUACAAAUUGCCGAACAAUAGCGAGAUUGACGGAGUCAGGAUCCGGGACUAUGUGCCAAGGCCUCUUAGACAGUGA